AAAACCUCCGGCCGCGGCCGUGCGCCAGCCGGCCAUGGCGGAUGGCAUGCUGCGCUCGCCCACCUUCCUGGUGGGUGCGGAGCGGCAGCGGAAGAACCUGGACGAGUUCAAGCGACGGGAGCAGCAGCUGGCUGAGGCAUAUCACAAGAACAAACCGCUGUGCUUCAAUGCCUGUUCCUAUCAGAAAACUCAUCCAGUGAAAGCCCAGAAGGGUCAUAAGGACGCGGAUGCUUGUUUGACCGUGCCAAUGGUUCUCGGUGUGGCGGAUGGCGUCUCGCAAAUUGAGGAUUUUGGCAUUGAUGCAUCGAUGCUUCCAAAUGAGCUCCUUCAUAUAGUAGAGCAACUGGGCAUGCAUCAGUUGAUCCCCGGAGCCAAAUUGCCCGCGGCGGACACCUACCGUGGCCCGGUCUCGAUGCUACGAAGAGCCUUCGAAGCGACAGAGUCCUUGGGCUCUUUGACGGUGGUGUUAGCAGUGAUGGACAAUUCCACCCGAAUCCAUGGGAAGUUGCAUCCCAUGAUCGCCAUCAUCACAGUUGGAGAUUGCGAGCUCUUGGUGCUUCGUCGGGUGAAAGGGCCCCGCGCCGUGCUGGAAUUGGUGUGUCACACCGAGAUGCAGCGCAUCGAUGGCCAUGCCCAGACACCUCUGCAGCUGGCCAGGGUGGAUGAUAGGAUCGAUCCUAACUUCCACGAAGGGCUGACCAUAGAAGUCAUCGAGAGAGGUAGUGCUGUUCACUGCGUCUCUGCGUAUGAAGGUGACGUUGUGAUCAUGGGCAGUGAUGGUGUUUUUGACAAUCUGUUCUUGGAUGAACUCUUAGAACUGGCGAACCGGACGCUUCUGCCCUCAGCUUCCAGUGGGCCCCAGUACUCCGAGGCGCAACUGCGUGGCUUAGCUCAGCGCAUUGUGGAGCAAUGCCAUGCGAAGACGCGGCCCAUGGUCAAUGGCCUGCUCCCUGAAGCUCCCAUUGGCCGCGGCGGGAAGAAGGAUGACACCUCCUGUGUGGUGGCAGAGGUGGUGGAAUGGACUGAGGAGUUGCAGAAGCUCUGGGAACCUGAGCCGGCAGCCGCUUGGCCCUUCAGAUUCAACUCGCCCAGCAGUGUGUUUGAUGGUGGUCUCUUCAAUUUCAACAGCUGUUGCGUGGCCUCCCAUGAGUCCGACGAUGAGUCAGGCGAUGCCGUGAAGCCCACUUUCCACCCCAAUGAGAGCAGUGACAUAGACUGGAAGGCUGCAGGGCCUAUGUCCGCCCCGCCUCCCAGCAGUCAGCCGGCCAGGCUACACCUGAGCCCAGGGCAGCAGAUGUUUGGGAUCCAUGGCUCUCAAGGCCAACUGUUGGCACCACCCAUAGGUGCCAUGGGUCACCCCAUGGUGGUGAAUGGCAUGCCAACCGCACCAUAUCCCAUGACUAAUCACUACAUGAAGCAGAUGUAUGGCCCGCCAACCGUGCCGGGUCCACCGGCCAGUCGCUUUGCCCUUGGCAACUUCGUGGGCUCGGGUCAGUGUGGCAAUGCACUCUACUGAAACGAGCAGAAUGAGUUGCAUGUGACCAUGGCUUAAUGAAUGUCCCCAUGAAAAG